AUGGAAACAUGCCUUUUCAUCUCCCUCCUCCCCACUCACCCCCAGGUGACUCUAAUGAAGGGAGAGCUCGCCUUUGACUCAGUGCCUGGGUGUGGCAGCACAGUUGCUUUCUGUGUGCCUGUAGCCAUGCCCUCGUUACAAGAACAUUGCCUAGAGGAACUGCAGUCAAACAUCGAGGAACAACAGCAGCAAGGGGAGGCCGUAUGGCAUGCGGCAGAUGAGGCAGUGACGCGGGCGUGGGUGGGGGGGCUGCGAGUGCUAGUGGUGGACGACACGCCCGUCAACCUCCUCGUGGCCCGCCGCUCCCUCGCCCGCUGGGGCGCCAUCGUCACUACCGCCAACCACGGGCAACAAGCAGUGGAGUUGAUCGCUGCUGGCUUGCACGAGAGCUCCCUUGCCCGCUGGGGCGCUCGAGUCACCACCGCCAACCACGGGCAACAGGCUGUUGAGUUGAUCGCUGCUGACCUCGUCUCCAACGCCGCCCACGAGGAGGAGGAGAGAGGGCAGGAAACACUUGGGGAGGAGGGGCCGAGAGAGCAGCAGGAGGCGAGAGUGCAACAGGAGGCGAGAGGACAACAGGAGGCGAGAAAGCAGAAUGAUGCAAGAGAUCAGGAGAAGGAUAGAGGGGAGGAGGGGGCGUGUGGGCAGCAGAAGGAUAGAGGGCUGCAGGGGGCGGGAGGGCAGGAGGAGGGGGGUGCAUCAUUGCAGCAUGGCUUCGACCUGAUUCUCAUGGACCUGCAGAUGCCAGGGAUGGACGGGUGA